AUGCAGCGGGUGGCAGCCGAGGAUCGCGGGGCGAUCUGCAGGGCGUUGGCGCCCUCUCUCCCGGGGCCGGGGGUCGAAUGGUGGGGCACAGCCACAGCGACCAACGCUGCCCACAAGAUGACGGCGGACGCUGAGAGCCACUUGUCCAUCGGCUUCAAGGGUCUUCCCCAGCGGAGGGCCGUUUCAGACGACAGGGGCAGCGCUUAG